GUGUUUCAGAUAAUUUUACCUUACGGCUUGGCUACUUUUGUUGUCACAGGUGCCAACGGAACGCCACCGACAACAAUCACCCCGAUAAUAGCCGAGUUAUCGGUUUCGCGGGGUUGAGCGAGACGAGAAAUGGAAGGAGUGGGGUCUCGACUGGGUCGUGCCUCUUCUCGAUACGGCCCAUCAGCGAGUGCUGCUGUGUUCAACGGCCCUGUGAGGAAAUGGAGGAAGAAGUGGGUCCACGUGUCCCCAUCUUCCACCGUUAGUCACCACAACUCCCACUCCCAUUCCAACGGCCACACCAAUAACAGCUCUCGUCUCCUCCUUUGUCGGUGGACUCCUCUUUCCCCCGCCGCCGCUGCCGAUGCCUCCUCCUCUGAGGAGCCUCCCAAACGCAAGUUCCGCUACACUCCGAUUGCGGUGCUAGAAGAACAGAGGAAGGCCGCCAAAAAGUUUGAUCAUGAAGCUAAGGCAGGCAGUAUCAACCAGUUCACAGAACUGCCAACCUCAAAGAACGAUGAGCAAACUAGUGACACUGCUUUGAAGACAGAAACACAGGAUUCGAGCACAAGUAAUCUGGAUUUGGGCUUGUGCUUGAAAGGCCACAAUGGUGACCAUGAUAAUAAUAACCUUGGCCAGAGCAAAGAGGGUGAAAUGAAGAAAGCAAGCGCCGGUGGGUUUUGGACGACUAGUUGACACCCAGCAGACCCUUGAAACAGAAGAAGCUGGUUAGGUAUGCACUGGUAUGAAGUCUCAAUUGGGCGACUCAAUUUGAUGAUUAUGGCGAACGAUACAGUUUAUGUUGUAGAAGAAGCAACAUUGCUUCAUCUUGUAAUUGAUUGUAGGGCAUAUGUCUGCAGUUACUAGAUGAAUGUUUUAUGUCAAUUAAUGGCAUUUGUACGCAAUGGAAAACCAUCUGAUCCUAAACUUAUUUUACCACCCCACUAGUAUUAGCAAGUUUACAGUAA